AUGCACGGUGGGUCACUCUCGGGAGAGGCAGGACUUGCAUGGGUGGGGAUGCUCACGGCGGAGGAGGCGGCGGUGGAGGGUACAUCUUUGGCGGAGAAGGUCGCCUGUGCGGGCGGAGGGGCAUCGGCGGACGGGCAGAGGAGCCAAGGAAGCCCCCCCAGGGAGGUUUGGCUGUUGGUGAUGGGGUCGAUGGCGGUGGCGCUGCUGUGUGCGUUGAUUGCCCGACUAGCAAGUGGACCAAUCAUGUGCCGAGAUGGAGACAGAGAAAGACAGAUGGAGCUGCUAAUGCCCGCUUGCAACCUGGUGGCGCACGGAGCGGCAGAGGAGGGAGAAAAGGAGGGGGGGGGGCGAAUGGAAGGAAGGGAGAGGGUGGAGAAGGGAGAGCGGAAAGGGGAUGGGAAAGGGGACGUGGAGCGGGAGGGGAAGAAAGCAACCCCCACGGCCCAGCUCUCCCUCUCCCUCUCCCUCUCCCCCCACUCUCACACGGCGCGCACCUUCCAGUCCGCGGCGUCCAUGACCGCAACGUCCUCGCGCCCCGCCAGCGCGCACAUCGCCUCCUGCUCCGCCGCGCUCGUCACGCGCACCCACGCCGCCACCCUCUCCCCCCCCGCGCCGUACACCGCCGCGCCUCUCCGCGUCACCACGCGCAACCCAGUUCUGCCGCGCGGCAACGCGUGGCGAAUGGGGGCGGGAGAAGGGGGGAGGAGGGGAAGGACGCGAGGGCGGCGAGGGGAGGUGGAAAGAUAG